ACCAACCCAGUUGCGCCCAUAUGCGGAAAAGAAAACACUCGUCACAUACCGGAAAUAAUGGAAAACACACGAGUCCGUAAAAGUACGACCGACUGCGCCAUUUGCUUGGACACAAUUCAUGAGAAGAAAACAUUGAAGUGCUCUCACUCCUUCUGCUCUGCGUGUAUCGACUCGGUGUUCAAGCUGAAGCCCGCUUGUCCGCUCUGCAACAGCUACUACGGAGAGUACACGGGGACCCAGCCCGAGGGCACGAUGACGGCGACGCACAGUUGGCAGAGCCUGCCUGGCUUCGAGCACUGCGGAUCCAUUGUCAUACAGUACAGUUUUCCAGCAGGGACACAAGGGCCUGAACACCCAAACCCUGGGGUGAGGUACAGCAGUACCUCUCGCACUGCCUUUCUGCCAGCCAGCGAGGAGGGGGAAAAAGUCCUGAAGCUGCUGAGGAAAGCCUUCGACAGGAGAGUCAUCUUCACCAUUGGACAAUCUGUCACCACAGGCCUCGAUAACGUCAUCACCUGGAACGACAUUCACCACAAGACCAACAUGGCUGGUGGUCCACAAUGUUUUGGAUAUCCAGAUCCAGAAUAUUUGUUCAGGGUUCAAGAGGAGCUUCGUCUUAAAGGAGUAACACAGGAUGACUGAUGGGUGAAGAUAAUCAGGAGACAUUCUUCAAAUAGAUUUGACUCUUUGUAUUGUUACAAAGGCUCUGAUUUCAAGUCUACAUGCUUUGCAGUCCUCAAGCAGGGAUCAUCAUCACUGAGAUAUUUUUUAUUCUAUGAAGGUUAAUGGCUUUUCCCAAAUAGUUUUAAACUGUCAACCAACUGUGGAAAAAACAAAGAAAGUGAGUCUGAACAGUAUGUGAUCCAACAAAACAAAGAUCGCAGUACAGUGGGAAUAUUGCAGAUUAUACUACCAAUCAUCAGAUUAUAAUCAUUUAAAUAUCCUUUGUAAUACUGGAUCACAGGUCUGGUGCUAAAAGCAGACAAUAAAUAUAUAGGGGACAUAUAAUGAACACGGACACUGUAGUUUGUAUCAAGGUGAUCCCACAAACACAGUUCUGCCGCUGUUAAUAUUCACUAAUGCACCACAUCCCCGGCUGAAAAAAGUCCCCAACAAAUGCACCAUUUACUUCAGUUUGAGUAACAUUAGUUCAAAACUAUAGUAUCCAGCUGUUUUAGGAAAUACUUUACCAGUUUUAUAAAAAUAAAGAUACAUACAGGUUCACAUAUUUAAAGAUGUAUAUCUCCAGUAAUAAAGAAUUGGCUCAGGCAUGAGUGACACAGACAUGCUGGGGAAGUCAGAAAGUAUUGACAGAUUGACAAUAACCAACAUAUAGAAUAUAUUAUCAUAGAGCACCUUUUAAUACAUCUCUUACAUUACAUUACAUGUCAUUUAGCUGACACUUUUAUCCAAAGCAACAAUGAGUGCAUUCAACCAUGAGUACAAACUCAGAACAACAAGAAUCAAGAAAGUAACGUUUCUUCAAGAAAUACAAAUUACAACAAUACCAAAAGUAAGUGCCACUGAAGUGCUAAUCUGUUUUUAUUCAAGGUAUAGUCGGAAAAGAUGUGUUUUUAGUUUCCGGCGGAAGCUGUAGAGACUUUCUGCUGUCCUUGAUGUCAGUGGGGAGCUCGUUCCACCAUUGAGGAGCCAGGACUGCAAACAGUCUUGAUUUUGUCGAGUGAUUAGCUCGCAGUGAGGGAGAGCCAAAAUGAGUUCUCUGAAGUCUGAUCUAUCAAAGCGUUUUCGUCCAAAAACAUCUUAGAUAUUUUUCAGUCCUGUCUUUUGCCUGUCUGGUCCACUAGAGGGCGAUGCUCUCCCAUAGAGGACCAUGUGAAGGCGUCUGCUUGGUAUGCAGCUGAAUCGUCAUCACAAACCCAAAGGCCUGCAGCACCUCCCAAACCUCAUCGCCCAAAGUCAGUGAGAGGAGCAGAGCAUCUGCUAUAAAUGAUGAGUCAUGUGUUUCUAUGGUGCUCGGUGGAGAUUUAGCAGCAGUGUACUUGCACUGUGUGACACUUAUCGCCUUGUGUUGGAACAUCGUCUCCGUCUGAUUGCAGCGCAAACACGGUUAAAGAUGACUUGUGGUGUAGUGACAUGCAACGACAGCAGCAGAGUUUAUUUAAAGGUAUUUGAGAUCACUGACACAAGUGAAACAUUUGUAUUGGCGCACAUCUCUCUUCAUGCAGCAACGCAGGACUUGCACACUCUGUUUUUGCUCUCUGACCAGUUACAACUGAAAUGAAGUAUAUCCAGAUGCCCCUCUUCUUAGUGGCAACAGGACAGAGUUAUGGGAAGAGGAAAUACCUUUAAACCUCUAUUUCUAUAACAGAAAGGCGGAGUUACUGGGCUCUGCCUCUUUAGCACUCUGGUGUUUAGCGGCUGGAGGCAUUUCUGUGGCUCAGGAUCUCAGGGCAUCUGCUGCUCUCACAAAACAGACCAGGACCCAUCUGGUCAAAUUAACCCCCCAGCCCCCCACACAUACUUGCCUUUUCUCCCAUAAUGCAUCAGUCCACUACUCCACUCAUUUGUUAUCAUUCUUUUUCCUCUCUCUUCCCUGUUUUCUAUUAACUGUUGUCUGUGCUUUUGUUGUUGUUGUAUCUAUUAUUUCCCUUUCUGCUGUAGUAGCACACACCUGAUAAAACUUCAUGAACAUUUUAUUACAUAUUUCCAUAUUUUGUUGUGAUUUUUUUAAUCAGAAUGACUGAAAAACGUCUCUGAGUAGUGGAGCAGAUUGUGAAACAAAAAGAAAAAAGAGCACUGAACAUACAGAGAGGUACUCUGGAAAUGUAACCUAGAUUUGAACACACAAUAUUCCAAUAUGCUCGAGACGUUUCCCAAAAAAGACUUCCUCCCACCUGAGUUUAUUUCUUCAGGCAUUAUUGUUCAAGUGCAAAACAUAUUGCUUAAACUUAAAGAAAGUGGCAUUGACAUUGUGUUUGCACUCUCACUUAUAAAGACUUUGCGAUCAGAAUUGACAUUGAAGUUGAAUGACUUUGCCCUUCUCUGCAGGUAUUUCCCUUCCCUGUCAUUGUCCAUCUGGACAUCUGAAUAGGGGCAACGGAUUACACAAAUGUAAGCAGAGAUAUAAAUAUGUAUUACUGAUUAUGCAGAGCAAUAUUGUAGGUGGAUUCAACAUGCAUCAAUGUAAAUGGCUUGUGACAAGCCUCCUCUAUAAAAUGGAUUGAUGACAGACUAAAAAUAAGCCCUAAGUCUAUGGAUUAAGAUCGAUGCAUCUGUAUCUGCUUACAUUCAUUUCCAUCAAACGUUGCUCUGCUCUGUUGUGGCAGAUGACUGGAAUAUGUUCUCCGUCAGGCACUGGAAAUAGCACCGUGGCUUUGGGGAUUUCAUAUUUCUAGGUGUGACUGUAGACGGCCACUCAGGAGGGGCUCCCAACAAACACACAGGCGUGCGUACUCUUCAGACGAGAGAUGUGCAGCGUUUCCUGUACUAGAAAUGAUAAGAAAAUGAUUAUGUGACAAUGCAGAGCUGUUGUUCUCGCCCCCUCUCCCCACCGUGCUCCUUAAUUAGAGUGUCUCUCUCUGGCACAUUGCCUGCCUGUCUGCUCAUCCUCUCAUCCUAUGGUGGUAAAGCCGCCCUAUCACAGAUAUACCUGUCUAUCUGGGUGCAGAACACGCUACUCUUUGUCUACCUUCACUGUAAUGAGGAUCAACUCCACCAGGUGUGCUCUACUUUUGCGUACCUUUCAAGGUAUAUGUUGUUUAUAUCUUAAACACAGUUUCCUGUUUUAAUUCCAAAGUUGACCAAAAUAGAGAUUCUCUGUCUACUCUGAAUUAAAAGUAUCCAUAUCCAAAUCUU